AAACAACCGUUGUGCCCCCCCAACCUAUAACAAUUCCUCCGUUUAAUCAACGAUACUGGACAACGUUGAUUAUUGUCAAGCCCUGAAGAAGGUCCCAACCAAGGACCGAAACGUUGGCGACGACAAAAUAUAAAUCGACGCGUUUUACUGCGACUGCAAGCCGAAACAAUCUCCCUACGCUCCACAAAUCAGUCGGAAAUCCAUAUUUGCAUCUAGCAUGGCACCAAAUGCACAACAUUCAUUUUACGCACGAGUAGGUCAAUUACAUGGGCAAACGGCACUAGAACUGUUCAAAUCUUAUGCCAGCAGUUACACUAAGCUGGGCAACAUGUUGAGUCGAAAGGACUUCCUCAUCAGAUGCCGGAGAGAUGGUUUGGUGCCUGUACACAUCAUCCAUUCUCUCAAAUGUGCCCACGAACUUUUGGCUAAACGAAGUCCACUCCAGAAGAAACUUUCCCGGACACUCACACGAUUGCAAAAAGCCAUACUCAACAUCGAAAUCCAAGACACGUUCCACCAAAUCCAACAGCUUCGGGCAGCAAUAGAUCAACUAAAGCGACAAAUCAUGGACAGCACCCCCUCCGAGACCUACAAACAGUACCUCUUCACACAGGAGUUUGCUUUUUACAAGAAUUUCCAACGGAAGACACAACAAACCCACAGGAAAUUCCACCGUAUGCUGAACUACACCGUCGAGGAGACCACCACAACACCAUCUCUCAACGAGAAGGCCAUUUUCAACGCCACAAACAAGCAAAUUCCCCCGGAAACCAACAUCCUGCUAAGUCUGGGACCAAAGUUUGCUCUACCGUAUACAGAGCCUAGGGACAUCCCUUAUUUCCACCUAAUCGCAGAUUUGGAAAACAUCUUGACCAGGCAGGAGGACAGAACCGUGCGGGAACGUACAAGAUGCCAAAUCAUCAAUGUAAUACAAAACCACAUCAACAAACGCUCGGCUACCACCAACACUACCGCGCUGGACAAAUUUUGUUCCCGAUCUGUCUUGGUAACCAGACGGUUCACCAAAACCAACCCCGACAUUAUCAUUACCGAAGCUGACAAAGGGAACAGGACUGUGAUAAUGUACAAAGAGGACUACAACAACAAACUCCUACAGUUGGUCACGGACACUAGCGUGUACCGACCCGUCAAGAACGAUCCCACAUCGAGAAUCCAAACACACAACAAUGACAUAGCCAAGCGUCUGUUUGAUCUUAAGCUGAUCGACACCCGUACCAAACUGCAGCUCACCAGCCACAAUGCCAUCUGCCCACGGAUUUAUGGUCAACCAAAAGCCCACAAGCCCAACCUGCCGCUACGUCCAGUAGUGCCUAACGUCACAUCUCCCACCUACCACCUGGCCAAGUUCGUCUCGUCCAUACUGCAACAGGGAUUUACCAGCAUUUUCAACGUUAAAGACUCCAGAACAUUUUGCCAAUACGUCAACAACACAUCUGUACCACCGGACCACAUCAUCGUCUCUUUUGACGUGGUGUCGUUGUUUACUAAUAUCCCCAAGUAUUUGGUCACCCACGAUAUAAUAAUGAGCUGGCCAGAAAUAUCCCCGCACACCAACAUCAGUCUGGACAUCUUCUUGGAGAUCGUGGAGUUCCUGAUCGACUCUUCGUAUUUCUGUUUUCAAAACAACUUCUACACACAAUUGUUAGGGACAGCUAUGGGGAGUCCACUCUCACCAAUACUGGCAGAUAUCACCACAGAGACCCUUCUGUUGGUUGUCACCACAACAGCGAAGAUACCAGUGGACCACAUACGCAAGUACGUUGAUGAUCUGUUCCUGAUACUACCCAGGGACCAGGUCGACGACGUGCUCAACGUAUUCAACCAAUACGACCCACACCUACAGUUUACGUGUGAAGUAGAAAAAGAGGGUAAACUACCUUUCCUGGAUCUACUAGUCAUACGCAACCCGGACAACACGCUUACUACCGAGUGGUAUGCUAAGCCCAUAUCCUCAGGCCGACUACUUAACUUUCACUCCAUGCAUCCGCUGGACCAGAAACUCGGCGUAGUGUCCAACUUUAUAGAUCGUGUGCGCACGUUCAGUACGGCUACCAACGUGGCCCAACAAAAUCAGCUGAUACUACAACAUUUGCGACGCAACGACUACCCUACACACUUGGUGAAGAGGAUGCUUCACCAAUCCAUCCAGAGUACACCAACACGUACGGAAGACCCCCUAGCAGUCUACCGUUCCAUACCACUAAUCCCCGGUCUCUCACCAACCCUGAAACGCAUUAUUACACACAACAUUCCCCAUACCAUGGUCGCUACCAAAUCCAGACACACAAUCAAGCAGCUUCACAGCUCUGUGAAGGACCCUGUACCACACCUACAAAAACACAACGUGAUCUAUCAGAUACAAUGUCAGAACUGUGAUCAGUGCUACAUUGGGAUGACCACCAACAACCUGCGCCGGCGUAUGUACGGACACCAGUCCUACAUCAACGCCCUGGACAAGAAGCUGCUAGAAGGGUACCAAUACUCGGAUGUGGAGGUUCAACAGCUGCGGGAAAAGACCGCGUUGAUCGAACACUGCAUUCUACACCAGCACCGUUUCAAUCUGAAACAACCACACAUCAUCGACCACAGCUACAAGACGUCCGCACUUCCCGUACUCGAGAUGUGCCACAUCACCACCACAUCCAACACGGUCAACCGCCGUACGGACACCGAUGGACUGAGUUGCGCGUAUGCCAACUGCCUGUCCAUGGUCGGGUCCAGCAGGAGGAGACCUCCGAACACUAACACUACCGCCAACCAGGCCCAGUCCCCCCUCACACCACUACACACUACCCCAACCCCACUGCCUAACCAAUAGUAUCAGUUUUCCCUAAUGUUUAAACCCAAGUGCUCGUAC